UUGUGUUCUAGGAAAUAACAAGCUAUUCACCCGUGAAAUUUACGAGACAACGCGUAUCGAUGCUGAAUAAGUUAAAAGCUUUGGUAUCCACAAUAUUCAACAACAACACAAUUAAUUAUGCAUGGGUUGAUAUGGUAACAAGGUACAACAAAUUAUCCACGAGUCCUAACCCCCGCAUCAGUCGACAUCAAGUUCAGCUAGUAGUCGGACGUGACUUGGUGGAAACGACACCGGAACAGAUUCAGGUGUAGAUUUUAGUGAAUUUGCUGAAAGAAAUCCAUACAUUUUAACUCACGAUGGCUGAUAUGGAUAUGUCGAAUCGCGAUCCAAACAGUAUAAACGAGCACAUUAAGGUCCAAUUUGAGGAUAUUCUCGCGGAACCGCAAGGAGCGCACUCCAUCGACUGCGUCUGGAAGCUCUCAUACACGUGUUUCACGUGCUGGCUCGGACUCUGUUACAAGCUUUCCACGCUGUUCUGUGGUAUCUGCAUCGCCGCUGAGUGGGGCUGCGAGUUCGCCGAAGUCGCCUUCUACCAUGUCUGGUUCAUCACCCCGAUGUUGAAGAUGUGCGAGCUUAACUGCGCCGUCUGCACGAAGCUCAUGCGCACAUGUCUCUCGUGCUGCAUCGAACCGUGCUGCGAGGCGUGUGGACAAUUGUUCCACCACUUUAAGAAAUAGAAAAUAAAGAUGAUCGCUUCUGCUUCUAGACAAGUUUUAAAGGGUAUUAAAAAAAACAGAAAUUGUUUUGUGAUCACUCUUUUUAAAUCAUCUGCUGGUAAUAGAGGAAAUUUUAAGACAAUGUUUAGAUAAUACGAAAAAAAAAAUGUGCAAAGACAAUCGAAAUUAUAACUAUAUACCAGUUAGUUAAAAACGUGUGUAUCUUUCAUUGUAUUAUUAUUCUUAACUCUGUCUGCUUACUUGUAUGUGAUGUGUAAAUGAGCCACUUCCAGUUUUUUUGGAGAGAUUCUGUAUUUUACCCUUAUCAUACCGUCCAGUUUGUAGGGUGUCUAAUUAUAGGUGAAAUGAUUCAGAACGAAAUUGAAUAAUUCUACCCAAAUUAUCAAAGUAUCACUGAUAAAAUAUUUUGGUUAAUAAAUUGAAAAUCUAUUACAAGCUUAGCGAAGAUUAUAUACGUAAAAUAUAGUCACCUUUAAAUAAUUUCGCUUUCGAAAAGAAAUUCAAAUUUGUACCAAUAUACAAACAGCGAAAAACUACUGUAAACGCUGAAAAAACGUCCGCAUUGGCGUGAUGGAAAAGAUCUGAGGACCUUUUAUAUAAAUUUGUAUAAUUUGUGAUUCAAACGUAUGUUUCAGACAUAUAUUCGCAUUAUAUGAAUAUGCAAACACAUUGGUAUGUGCAAUUAUACAUGACGUUGUUUAACAUGUAUGGACCAGAAUAAAAGAACACUAGAGAAUGUGUGCAUGUUGUGUCUGUGUACAUCUUGAUCUAGACAUUCACCUAUACAAGAAUUGUGAUAACUGUGAUAUGUGUUAUAAUGUUGAUAUAUCUCUUCUCACAAAUGUUUAAUGCUCAUUUAUGUAAUGUUAUGUAUAGGUUUAUCUACUUGUCUAUUUUACGAGUAUUUUUUACAGUGUUGACAAAUAAACUGUUUGUAAGGAAAGA